AUGCGCUCGAGGCCAUUCUCUGCUUACUCGAAUCUUUGCAGUGUGGAAGAAAAUGAAGACGUUGUUGAAUCACAGCUUAUCGACUGGCAAAUACAUUGUGACGACGAUCACUGUGAACUUGAGGUAGAGAUACACCGAGAAACUUCACAUCCGGGAGGCUUGGCCUUUCGAAUUAUUGGAAGUCGAUCGAGCGGUAUAUUCGUGUCUUAUGUGGAUGGAAAGUCUCAGCAGGCUGCACUUCUACAGGAAGGUGAUCUCAUCAAAGAAUGCAAUGGGAAAAGUAUGUCUGGGAUCACAUGCGAACAGGCGGCCUCGAUUCUCCGGUUUUCUCUGUCACACAACGUCACGCUCUCUCUGCGAAUUAUUCGAAAAGGUAGUGGUCCGCUUCUGAUGGCAAAGCGACGUACUCUGACGCAGAUUUCACAAGAACAAGAAAAACACAUUCGAUCUGCCGCUGUUCGAGAAGAGCUCAGUCGCCCCGUUAAAGCGACUGUAUUCAACAAGAAGCUUCUUAGAAAAGUUGCUUCGGUCGAUGAAGAAAUCGAACUGUUGAUGGAGAACGAAGAACAACCUGUUGCUGAGCCAACAAUGUAA